AUGAGCACUACCACAAAAUCCAACCCUCCCAGACCGCGCACCUUGCGCAGGUUGUCCAGCGAGGAUGCCACGGCAGACCUUCUUUCGCGUGGUCCCGCCAUUGUCGUUCCUCCCCACCUUGUGGAUCAGGAAGCCAACGACAUUGCGGCUUCCAUGGAAUUGGCCAGACAAGAGAUUGAAGCAAUCACUCCUCUCGAAGAUUCGGACUCGCCAAAAGAAUCGAGUGUCACUGACAGAUAUGCAUACGCCUUCGAUAUCGACGGUGUGCUGAUUCGUGGUGGACGUCCUAUUCCUGAGGCUAUUGAGGCCAUGAAGGUGCUCAACGUCNCCUACAUUUUCCUGACCAACGGUGGUGGCAAGACUGAGCAGGAGAGAUGCAUUCAGCUCAGCAAACAGCUCGACAUUGAGGUCUCACCUGGUCAAUUCAUUUGCGGCCACACACCUAUGAAGGAGAUGGCCGACAAGUACAACACCGUUCUUGUUAUCGGUGGUGAGGGUGACAAGUGCCGUCAGGUCGCCGAGGGCUACGGAUUCAAGGACGUUGUCACUCCUGGAGACAUCAUCAAGCACAACCCCGACACCACACCUUUCCGUACCAUGACCGAGGACGAUCUGAAACACUCCCGUGAUCGCGACUUCACCAACGUCAAGAUUGAGGCCAUCUUUGUCUUUGCCGACAGCCGUGAUUGGGCUGGUGACCAACAGAUCAUUCUUGAUCUUCUCAUGUCAAAGGGUGGUGUUGUUGGUACUCGCUCCGAGACUCUGAACGAGGGUCCCNCAGUCUUCUUCUCCCACAAUGAUGUUAUCUGGUCAGCUUCUCACGAACACACCCGUCUCGGUAUGGGUGCCCUCCGCGUCUCCCUCGAGGCUAUGUACAAGGCUGUCACUGGUAAAGAGUUGGAGACCGUUGCUUUCGGCAAGCCUCAGAUUGGUACCUUCCAGUUCGCUACUCGUCUUCUGCAACAUUGGCGCAAGUCCACUCACGGUAUCGACGCACCCCCGGAGACCAUCUACUUCGUUGGUGACACUCCUGAGUCCGAUAUCCGUGGAACCAACGAGUUCAACAAGGUUACUGACCAGAACUGGUACUCCAUCUUGGUCGAGACCGGUGUCUACCAGCACGGUACUACUCCUCGCUUCGAGCCCAAGGCCACCGUUCCUAACGUCUUGGAUGCUGUCAUGCACGGUAUCGAGCGUGAGCGCCAGAAGCAGCUCCGCGAGAUCAUCGGCGUCACCAAGAAACUCGAGGGUUCUGCCAUCUCAGAUACCCCCAACCCAUCUCGCCCUUCGAGCCCUCCUGGUUCAAAGAACUAA